AUGUCUCGAGCAACAUCAGACAAUCAAUUGAAAUUCCUUCUGAGCUGUGUCAGGCAUUCCAACAAUGGCAGAGUAGGGCCAGUCCAAGAGCUAGAACAUUUCGUGACCUCUGACAACGGCGGGUUGAUUUCAUCGCAGUUGCAAAAGAAUGUGGCGUUGUUAGCAAGGGAGCAGCGUAAGCUGUCCUGCAUCAAGCUGAGUACUGGGCGAGCAAAACGUUAUGAACGACUCCUGAAAGCUAAUGGCAUUCAUCCAAAUGGAAGUCUAGCCGAAAACAGCUCACCGAGGCCCUCGGCAACGUCCGAAAGGACCCUCGAAAACAAAGAAACGCAAGAUUGA